AUUUCCAGCGCCAAAAACCCCAAAUCGCAAAACCAAAACCUCCCCAUCACCGGCGAACCCUCCUGAGCAGUUUCCGGGAACCAGCUCCGGCGAAUGGACGGCGGGCAAAGGGGUCGUCCACCCACUGGGCCUUCACUUCUUCCGGAUGAACUCCUUUGCGAGAUUUUCACAAGACUCUCCGCCAAAACUCUCUCCAAAAUCAGGUGUGUUUCGAAAUCAUGGCUUUCUAUAAUCUCUAGCCAAGAAUUCGUAAAAUCCCAUUUCAAAAAAUGGGAUAAUGAUGAUGAAUUCACCCACCAUAGCAUCAUUGCAAAGUAUAUCAACCCACAUUUGCAUGUGAAGCAAUGCUCAGUUUACUCUUUACUGAAAAAUCCCGCAACUCCUGCAGCUAGAAUUGAUUAUCCUGGGGAAAAUCCCCCACAUUCCGUUUCGGUUGUGGGUUCUUGUAAUGGGUUGAUUUGCAUUUUGUUAGAUGAACAAGAUUUGUACCUGUGGAACCCAUGUACUAGACAAUCCAGAAAACUGUCUGAUCCAGGCUUUACUGGGAAUUCCCGUUCGUUUAAUUUUUAUGGUUUUGGGUAUAAUGAGUCCAAUAAUGAUUAUAAUGUAGUUCUAGGUUCGAUUAGCAGUGUUGAAAGGAAGAUUGAGGUUGUGAUUUAUAGUCUAAAGACUGAUUCUUGGAGGAUGAUUGAUAAUUUUCCCACUUGUCUUCCUUGGUUGGAAACUGGGGCAUUUGUGAGUGGGAAACUCCAUUGGGCUGUAUCUAGUUGUGUGUGCUAUUGUGAUGCGAGAGUUGUUUCUCUUGAUCUUGUGCGACUUGAUUAUGGAGAAGUACAGCUUCCUGGAUGUGUGGAGGAUGCUUCCGUUUUGACACUCGGUGUUUUAGGGAAGUGCUUAUGUGUAAGCAUUUUGUAUUGCUACCAGCCGAAUGUGAUAUGGAAGAAGAAUGUGGGUUUAUGGGUGAUGAUGGAGUAUGGAGUGGUAGAGUCUUGGAUUAAGGUAGCGAGCGUGCGGCCAUAUCAUGCACCAUUGUGUAUCAGUGCCAAAGGUGAGAUUUUGCUGACAUCUUCAUCUGACUUUGGAUUGUACAAUUUGGGAGAUGAGUCAAUGAGAUAUCCCAGAAUUGAAGAUGUGGACGAUGUCUAUCUUGAGGGACAUAUCUAUGUUGAAAGUCUGGUUUCACCUUUUGCUGAUGAAGAAAGGGUACAUGACCAGCAAAGAUGAGUACGGUUUGAGAUUGCUGAUCCAGUUGAGAGAAUGAUGCUUAAUAUUUGUUGGUCUUUCUCCAAAAGCUAUAAUUUGAGUCAUCUUUCUUAGAGUGCACCAUAUGCGACAGUCAUGAAGAAGUUGAAAAUAUUUAGAAUCAAAACUAGCUCAGUUGAAAGAGAUAAAAUGGUCUUUAAGCAGGAGGAAGACUUUGAUGAAAAAAAUCGUUAAAUGUGGUCAAAAGAGAUUGGCCUUUUGAAAAGUUUUUGCUUUGUACUGUUGCUCAAUUCAUAUACAGAAGCUUGCAUGUUUUCUGCUCCUUCAUUGUCCUGUUGGCGGCUGCUGUUCUUCAUGGAUGAAGAUUUGCAGAUUCUCUCUGUGCCAUAUUUGCUUUAGAUUGUUGUUUUGUAUGGUGGUAAGCUUUGGUAGAUAUCAUAUGAAAAAAUCUUUUCUGUUCAAUUGGUAUUUCUACUCAAGUGGAACUGACUACAUGAUUUUCUUUGAUGUUAAGAUUUUUAGUUUGACAUUCUCGAUUCUUGCUGGCAAAAAUCAAACUUCCAGUUAGUUUUUUCAUGAGUUAAUUUUAGUUAAUUAUUGAUGUCAUGAAAGUUGCAUUACCUUAUCUUGCCCAAGACGAGAUAAGUGACAAACUCUUCAUCUGACAACAUCUAUCAUUUGCUUCCUUCCAAUUUUUCUGGUUGGGCUCUUUUAGAGGUAGCUGGUUUCUGACAUAAAUAGGAAGCAUGUGUGAGCGGAAUUCUAUAAAGUUUGAAUGGAAAUUUUGUAGCAGCCUUUGAGAUGAAUAUUGGUUGAAAUCCUCAUGAAAUAGCAGAUAUUUGUGCAGUAUGAAUAGGCCUUCAAAUGGUAAUUGAAAAUCAAAUUCCAAAAGUACUUGUAUUAUCUUACUCUAAAGCUCACAGAUUGAACCAGCUUCUACCAGGAACUGUGGAGAUGGAAGGCCUGGUGGGAGCACUUGUGCUGGACUGCCAAAAAAUGAUGGAAAUUAUCCUACUUCAGAAGCAAAUACUAUGCAGGGGGAAACUUGACAAUAUUGCUAGACCUUUGGCCAAGGCGGGGAUAUCUUUUGUCUGUACUCGCAAUGAAGCAUGUAUUUUAAAUGUGGAGUUUGUAAUGUGGAUGUAUACUCUUGUUACUGU